AUGUCGCCCGGCGCAACCGACCCGGUGUCCGUAGCGGUCCAGGUAACGAUGGGAGCGCCCUCAUUUGUUCCAGGAUCUCUUGUUUCGGCAACUGUGACUUUACGCGCGGAUCGCUCGCAAAUCAAUUCUUCGUCAAACUUUGGCAGCACAAGAAUGCAUCAAGAUCGCCCGUACUUCUCCAGUCCACAAACAUCAAAACGCAGCAACCCUGUGCCUUCCUCUGCGUCUCUUGCGGGAUUUGGCAUGGAGUCUUCUGCGCGAGCCGAUUUUGUCGUUUGUGAGGUCUCCGGCCGAUGGAGUUCAGACAGGUCUUGGGUGAAGCCGUAUGCACAUAGACCUCCAAGCAACGGCACACUUGACAACCAUACAAGUGAACCCGUUGCUGAGCACGCCCACUCUCAUACCCUUUCUUCAGAUGGUUCUUUCCCAUGGUCGGCGGCGCUAGCGGAUGCGAAUAGCGUUGGGGGCGGCGGCCGUCCAGGGCAUACGGGAAUCAUUUUCCGCUCGCAAGCCUUGGUCGUCUGUGAGCGCGAGCAGAUCCCCGUUGGAUCCCAAGUCAGUUUUGCCGUUCGUUGUGUGUUGCCAGAUUCCAUACCCCCUACUCUGCGCGGAACAGCAAUGCGAUACACUUAUGCUCUCGUUGUAGUUGUGUCAUUUCCAGGGUGUUCCGCUCCCAAAGUCGUACGAGUUCCUUUUCGUGUUGUUUCGGCGGGAGGGACGGCUGUGGACGACGACCGUGCUACACACAUCAUUCCCGUCCCGACUCCACGCUCCGCAGGGCCUCAUUUGAAUCGUUUUCUGGAAGAAAGAGAGUCCAAGGCGUUGAGUUUAUCUGCUUCUCUUCUCAAGUCAGCUCCUCCAGACGACAUCGAAAUUGCGUUGGCUCUGUCUUUGAAUGGCAGGCUCACGUCCUAUAAAGCGGAUGUCGAUCAGCACAGAAGCGAGGACGAUUUUAACGACGGUGCACUUAGUUUUAUCCGCGACUCGUCUUCGGCAGCAACGCCGAAAACCCCUUCUCGAGACGCUGCAGAGGAAAAUAGCGAUGGAGUGACGGAUCAGAAGGCCAAUGGGUUGUCACCAAGACUUCCUCGGAGGAAGAAGCAUGCCAUUCCGGUGUAUGGUAUUGCACACGGCAAGGAAGCAGUCGCGCGCAUGCAUUUGUCAAAACGAGUUCAUCAUCUGGGUGAUUCUAUUUCGGCAAUUUUUCACUUCGCAGGUGAGCGUCAGUGUUAUCGCCUCGAGGCUCGACUAGAAGCUCAGGAAGUUAUUCGAAGAGACUUUGCCGUUGGUCAAAAGCAAGUGUCCACUGGGGAUACAGGGUACUCAGAUGUGAUAUUCAGAAAGGUGUACGGGGAACACGGGGAGUUCGUGAUUUCCAACAAGAACACUCAGGUUACAUUUUCUAUUCCACAUGAUGCCCCAGUUUCUUUUUCGACAAGUAUUGUCACAGUGCGAUGGCUCAUACACUUCGUAUUCCUUAUUCCGCGACUAGAGACUGAAGGGUUAGGAGGAACGGGACAAACUUCAACAAAGGGCGCUUCGAUUGAAGCUGUGUCAAGUUUGGGGCAGUUACGAGUAUCCGAAAACGGUCGGGCAGAGGCUGCGAAUGCUGAGUGGGGAGGAGGGGCGUGGUCAGGGUAUCAGCCGGGAGAUGGCAGUCCUCUGCAUCAGAAGAAUGUGGAUGUUCUGCGAUGGACGUUACCUAUAGUGGUUAGUGGUCAGCCAGGUUCACAGUGGGGAACGCGCAAUGUUGGUAAGCUUCUGCAUGAGGGGCUGAGCCCAAAGUAG